AUGGCGACUUUUGAGAAGGAUGACCACGUCGCUUUCAUGCGACACGCCAUGAGCCUGGCAAGCCAGUCUCCCCCGAAGCCUACGAAUUUUCGAGUCGGCGCAGUGCUUGUCAAGCUGGACGACUCGUCCAUAACCGCAAGCGGAUUCACCCUGGAAUGCCCUGGCAAUACACAUGCCGAAGAGAGCUGCUUCAUCAAGCUCGCUGAGCGGCACUCCACGUCCGAAGAGCGUCUCGCCGAGGCCAUGACCAGCCCUCACGCCCUCUACACAACCAUGGAGCCAUGCUUCAAGAGACUCAGCGGCAAGCUGCCCUGCGUCGAGCGUGUGCUACGCCAAAAGUCAUGGAUCACGAAGGUGUACGUGGGCGUACAAGAACCGGAAACAUUCGUCGGCCAGAACACGGGCCGGCGUGUGCUGGAAGAUGCCGGCAUAGAGGUUAAUGCGGUACCUGGAUUGCAAGCCGAGAUUCUGCAGAUUGCCACGGCAGGACAUCUGGCGCCGGAAGCCUGA